GGUGGCCGCCGCCGCCAUGACAACUGGUCCCAGCUCAGUAAGUGUCCGGGUGGCCGCCGCCGCCAUGACAACUGGUCCCAGCUCAGUAAGUGUCCGGGUGGCCGCCGUCCCCCACAACAACCGAUCACACUACAACAACAACUCUCAGCCCACACAACUCCUUCAACCUUCAAACGCAAAGCGCGAUUUCACACCUCGGUUUCAUUCUCCGGUUCAUUUACGUUUAAUUUAAUUUUGUGACCUGAUCAGCUGGUUGGCUGGAAGGGGAGAGAAGGUCUUUAGAAGUGCUGCCGGGUUCAGAAGUCAGAGUCCUUAACGACGGGCUCGAAGUCCCUAGCAACCGCAGCACAUCGAAAAGCUGAGAGAGACUUUGGAGCAACGACCGAUCUCCCUGAACGUCGAGAUGCUCAGUACUCCUGUUUAUCCGCUUUCUAACCCCAAGGGUGUUAAAUUACAGUGUGAGAUGUGCCAGAAGACUGCUUAUGUUAUGUGCUCCCAGUGCAGGGUGACUUAUUACUGUGAUGUAGCACACCAAGAAGCAGACUGGAAUGGGAUUCAUGAGAAGAUUUGCCAGCUUCUGAUUCCAAUACGGACAGCACCGACAUUCCUCAGCUCUGCAAAAGAGAGAAAACACAAUGAGGAGCAGAUGAUCCAGAGACAGAAACAUCUCAUUAACCUGACCCGCAUAGUGGCCCAGAAGCUUCUUUUCGAGGGUAAACAUGAGGAAGCUAUUCCUGGAGCCUUGCAGUCUUUGCGCUUUGCAAAUGCUGUUUAUGGCAACACCUCUGCUGAGCUAGUGCCAUCACAAUUACUCUUGGCAGAGGCUAGUAUUGGCCUUGGCCAGUUAGAUGAAGCAGAAGACUAUCUCUCUCAGGCUCAUUGGACAGUGAUGAGGACCACAGAAUGUGUUACUGCUGUCCAAUACAAAUUAUUCCGAAACCUGGGCCUUUUGUACACAGCCAAAUGUGACAACGAGAAAGCACUCUGGUACUUUGCUGAUGAUAUUUACCAUGCCACGCAAGUGUUUGGUGCAUCUGAUAUUCGGACAGCUGGUGGAUAUUUUCACAUGGCUAACGUGUUUUACAGAAUGAAGAAGAUGGAUAUAGCAGACUCACUCUACUCGGAGGUAACCAAUAUCUGGAAUACUUUCCUGGGUGAGCUUGUUGAGACAGAGAUACAGAAAACACUGUGGAAAGCAGGCCUCAGUUCGCCAGAACCUGGCACCACUAUCGUGGACUUAGAGGAUGUUUUCGAUGAUGCCCAGGAAGCAGAAGCAGUUCAAGUUCUGCAUGCAAUUUUUGACCUGCGGAACCAAGAGUACCUUCCAAAACAAGGCAAAAUUGGAAAGAUUGCUGAGACCCUGGCUAUGCUUUAUUUCCUUUUCUUGGAUUUCAAAAAGGCUGUUGAAUAUGCAAAACUGGCUCUGAAGGACAGCCAGCUGCUUCUGCACAAUGAGAAAGCGAUUGGCAGCAUCACACGUAUUCUUGAGAUGGCUGAAAAGGCACUGUCAUAUCCUGGAGGAAAGGGACCAUCUCCCUACGCAUGGGCUAAUUCAUGCUAAAAGUUAUUAAGCUAUGUGUCUCAGGGUAAAUAAAAACAGAACACUGGAUAUAAAAAUUUGACAGUGGUAUGGGACACAGCAAUGACAAAAAAGUUUGAGGUUCUUGAACAAAGACUGCAAUAAAUCAGGAUACAUGAGCUUCAACUGACAAUGAAAAGCAAAUAAUGCAUAACUGCAUCAGCAAUGUCUUAUUUAUACUGCACCUUAUGUCUCACAAACAUCUUCCAUAGGAUACAAUAUUUUUAAAUAUAAAGAUUUAUAGACAAAAAUUACAAUUGUUUUACAGACUGCAAAAUCUCUCAAUCUGAAGUGAUAUAUUUUGGUAGGAAGAACCAGGGCAGGUAAUAGAAAGGAGUGCAGGAGCACAUUGAUCAAUGGAUGUCUGUGCACAAAUUGUUGAAGGUGGCAAGACAGGUUGAGAAAUGGAUACAAGAUCCUAGAGUUUAAAAGUAAUUAGGCUGGUGAAUUUUAUAUUUUUAAAAAAACCCUCUUGUUCUGUUUCAAAUGCUGCAUUGCAUUCAAUUCCAGGCAGAAUUGAAGAAUGUGAAGGCCAUUAGAGUUUGUACAGGAAAGAUUUAUGAUAAUGGUUCCAGGGGACUUCAGACACUUGGAAAAAUUGGGAGCUGGGAAAGUUCUCUUCAGGGAAAAGAAAGUUGAAAUAAAAUUUAACAGAGGUGUUCAAAAACCAGACAGAGAAGUUAGAGAGAAACUGCUUCCAUCAGUGGAAGGAUCAAGAACCAAUUAAUUCUUUUGCCAGUAAUUGUUAAAGGUGACACAAAGAAAACAUUUUUAUGCAGCAAGCAUAAAGCACUUUCAGAGAACACUAGAGAGAGUUUCUAUCCUGGCUUUCACAAAAGAAGUGGUAGGUGCCAUAGGGAGUGUUGCUGAAUAAAAUCAACCAAGCAAUCGUCAUUAAUGCCAGUUGGAUGGGUAUAUGAAUAGG